CGCACCCGGGAGCUGUGGAGGUUCUUCUCCGUCCUCGCGUCUCUCUAUUUCUCUUCGCGCAUUUGCCCUUCCUAGUUUCUGCUGUCUAUAAAAGCUCCAUUCCCUUGUGUGGCUUCCUUCGACUGAGGGGGGAGAGAGAGAGAGUGAAAAAUGAAAGUUAUUGAGAAGAUACGGGAGGCCGUGGAUGGCGAGGGGAGGACGGUGUUCUCCUUUGAGUUCUUUCCACCGAAGACGGAGGAAGGAGUGGAGAAUCUCUUCGAGCGGAUGGAUCGCAUGGUCGCCCACAAUCCUACAUUUUGCGAUAUAACCUGGGGCGCCGGUGGCUCCACCGCCGAUCUCACCUUAGAAAUUGCCAACCGGAUGCAAAAUAUAAUCUCUGUAGAAACAAUGAUGCAUUUGACUUGUACAAACAUGCCAGUUGAGAAGAUUGACCAUGCCCUGGAUACUAUCAAGAACAAUGGAAUUCAAAAUGUUCUGGCACUUAGAGGAGAUCCUCCUCAUGGUCAAGACAAGUUUGUUCAAGUUGAGGGUGGAUUUUCAUGCGCUCUUGAUUUGGUAAAGCACAUUCGGGCAAAAUAUGGUGAUUAUUUUGGCAUAACUGUUGCUGGUUAUCCGGAGGCACAUCCUGAUAUGAUCCAAGAAGGAGGUGCUACUUUGGAAGCUUACAGUAAUGACCUUGCUUAUUUAAAGAAAAAGGUGGAUGCCGGUGCAGAUCUGAUAAUCACUCAGUUAUUUUACGAUACUGACAUUUUCCUCAAGUUUGUCAGUGACUGCCGUCAAAUUGGGAUAACUUGCCCAAUUGUUCCAGGAAUCAUGCCUAUAAAUAACUACAAAGGCUUUUUGCGUAUGACAGGAUUUUGCAAGACGAAGAUUACUUCUGAGAUUACUGCGGCUUUGGAUCCAAUUAAGGACAAUGAAGAAGCUGUGAAGGCAUAUGGAAUCCACUUAGGAACUGAGAUGUGCAAGAAAAUUUUAGCUCACGGGAUCAAAACAGUGCAUCUCUACACACUGAACAUGGAAAAGUCAGCGCUAGCUAUAUUAAUGAAUCUAGGAUUAAUUGAGGAGUCCAAGGUCACAAGGUCCUUGCCAUGGAGACCUCCUGCAAAUGUUUUUCGCGCUAAAGAAGAUGUCCGACCAAUCUUCUGGGCUAAUCGUCCUAAGAGUUACAUUUUGAGGACUUCAGGUUGGGAUCAGUACCCACGGGGGAGGUGGGGUGAUUCUCAAAAUCCAUCAUAUGGAGCACUUACAGACCAUCAGUUUAUGCGUCCACGUACACGUGAUAAGAAACUUCAAGAAGAAUGGGCUAUCCCAAUUAAAUCCAUUGAAGAUGUUCAUGAGAGGUUUAUGAACUACUGCCUGGGCAAACUUAGGAGCAGUCCAUGGUCUGAUCUAGAUGGACUUCAACCAGAAACAAAGAUAAUAGAUGAACAGUUGAGUCAAAUUAACUUGAAAGGUUUUCUUACCAUCAACAGUCAACCUGCAGUCAAUGGUGUGAAAUCUGGCUCCCCUACUGUUGGAUGGGGUGGUCCUGGGGGCUAUGUUUACCAGAAGGCCUAUAUUGAAUUUUUUUGCUCAGUAGAGAAGCUAAGCCAGCUUGUUGAAAACUGUAAAGCACUUCCUUCGGUCACUUACAUUGCUGUGAACAAAGAGGGACUUCGUCUCUCCAAUGUGGGUCCUAAUGCAGUGAACGCGGUGACCUGGGGUGUUUUCCCAGCAAAGGAAAUUAUUCAACCGACUGUUGUUGAUCCUGCUAGCUUUAUGGUGUGGAAGGAUGAGGCAUUUGAAAUCUGGACAAGAGGAUGGGCUUGCUUGUUCCCUGAGGCUGAUCCAUCAAGGGCACUAUUGGAGGAGGUUCAAAGAAGUUACUACUUAGUCAGCCUGGUUGACAAUGAUUUUAUCCAUGGUGAUGUGUUUGCUGCAUUCAAAGACAUCUAAGGUUGUUCUCCAACUUGAGAGCCUUAUGCUCUUUCUACCUCAGUAAUUCUUAUCCCCGAGCUGACAAAAGCUGCGAAAUUGGGAUGUUAUGUUGUAUUCUUUUCCUUCUUUUUUUUGCUAUAUUUGCUUACAUUUAUGACUGCAUGGAUUUUAUUAUAUAUUAGACAUGAUGCUUUUUAUACGCCAAAAGAUAGAGCUGUAACACGGCUUGUUUAGUAGUUUGUGGAAGAAAAUACAUUGUGAGGAAUAAUGUAUUUGAUAGAUUUUAUUAAUUGGCUAAAUGCAGUGAGAAAUUCAUACUGAUGA